UGCUGUCGCUCUCGUAACUCGCACAUUUUCACUCAGUCCGUCAGAGGAGGAGGAGGAGGAGGAAGAAGGAGCUCUGCUGAAUUCUAGUGCGUGUCUGCUCUGAUCGGAGAAGAAUGAUGGUUUUUCUAAAUUUGUACCCUUCUGAUAAUUAAAAAUCGACACAAGGACAAUAUUUACCCACUUUUGUUUUGAUUUUUUUCGCCACGGACAUGAAGAAAAGCGGAUUUUCGCGUCUGAAGUGAAUCAGCGUGCCUUGUUUGCAGCCCUCUCCUCACCACGUUUGGAAGCCAUGGCCAAGUGGCUGAAGGACUACCUAAGCUUUGGUAGGAAGGUGCCCCCACAGCCUCCAACACCAGACUACACAGAGAGUGAUAUUCUCAAAGCGUAUCGGCUCCAGAGGGACCUGGAUUUUGAGGAUCCUUAUGAGGAUGCGGAGAUCCGAUCCAGAGGGGAGUCUGGGACUUUUGAACCCUCCACGCCGCUUUAUGGAUCACCCAUGAAGUCAUCAAGUGUGGACGUGAAGUCUCCUAAACAUAGACUGAUCAAAGUGGACUCCCAAGAACUGGGGCGCACCAAGAUUCUCCUCAGCUCCAUCUCUUUGGAAGACCAACAAGAACCUGUGGUGCCGUCAGCUCCUCUGGCAGGGGACACGGAUUACUCGGACCCGUUUGAUGCUCGAUUAGACCUCCGAGCAGAUGCAGAUCUCGGACCUGUUCCCUGUGAGAAUAAUGGUUACAUGGAACCAUAUGAAGCCCAAAGGGUCAUCACAGAACUACAGCGCGCUCCAGGAGGACGCUCACGAGGAGGCGUGCAGCUUUAUGACACUCCUUAUGAGGAUGAGCGAGGACAGCGCCUGGGUUACGUGUACGCAGACCUUCACGAAGAGAACAAGGAGAGCAGCAGGUUGCCACAAGAUGAUGAGAGACCAGCCGAUGAGUAUGACCAGCCCUGGGAAUGGAAGAAGGACCACAUCUCCAAAGCGUUUUCAGAAAUGAGGGAGUUGUCGGAGUUGCCCUGGCCUGCCCCAGUGGGUCAGCUGGAGGAGCAGCAGCCCCCCGUCAGAGAGCAAGUGCAGUUUGAAGGUGCAGAGUGGGAUCGCACGUCGUCGCCCACUGAGCGGUUGCGUCCUCCCGGGCCCAGAUCCAGCCCGCUAGCAGGAGGGGGAAUGAAGUACAGAUCACCGCAUGAAAGCCCCACGAUGAUGGGGGAGAGGGUGGACGCCACUCUCCCUCUGGAGCAGCAGGUAUGGUACCACGGUUCACUGUCCCGCUCAGAGGCGGAGUCGCUGCUAACGCUGUGUAAAGAGUGUAGCUACCUGGUGAGGAACAGCCAGACAAACCGCUCUGACUACACCCUGUCUCUACGGAGCUGCCAGGGUUUCAUGCACAUGAAGUUCAUCCAGUGUAAAGAUGGAAAGUGCGUGCUCGGACAGAACAGUCCACCCUUUGACACCAUUCCAGAGGCCAUCCACUUUUACACCACACACAAACUCCCAAUCCGAGGUGCCGAGCACCUGUCCCUGCUGUUUCCUGUGCAGGUUCAGACACUCUGAAUAUAAACUGUGAUCAGACACAGAAGAGACGAAUGUCAGUCCGAAGAAUCUCAGCACAGCGACUCUACUCUAUCUGGAUUGAGUGAUUCAGUGCACCGGAGGCUCACGCCCUCACAGCUGUUGAAUCUGUGCCAAAAAUGUCUAAUUUCCUGGGGAUUGAUUCACGUGAAAUGCAAUACCUGAACUCCAGGCACCUCUUCUGUAACCCCUUCCUCUGAUCUUUGUGCUCAACCAAGCGAGCUGACUUCAGGACGUCUGCUCUUCACUUGGCUGCAUUUCUCUCUCAGCUGAUGGAAAUGCACUGGAUGUCAGCAGAGCAGCUGCAGCACAGAAAGCCAGCGUAUUGUGAAUGUACUGGUGCUCCAGUCUGUAAGACCAGAGGAACCGUCAUAAGUUAUUGCUGUUCCACCACUUGAAAAAAAGAAAUUGCUGUUGUUGGAUGAGAACCUUGAAAAUCAUAUUGUACUGUUUUUUAUUUUUGUGUUUUAAACAGAAUCAACAAGUCAUAUAAAAUAACUCCUUUUUAUGUUUUACAUGUUUUUUUGUUUUGCAAAUUUUGGGGAAAAUAGAAGCUUUUAUAUCUUUUAUAUUAUAUUUUGCUUAUUGUAAACAAUUAUUUCCCGUUAGUGUCAGUCAUUGUUUUUGCUGAAGGUUAAUUGACACAUUUUGUGUGUGUGUGUGUGUGUGUGGGUGUGUUUUUUUGUCAAAUGUAAUUAAAAGAAGACUGUUGCAUUGGUACUCAUGUUGAAUUAAAGGACAUCUUGUGCAACUUAUGUUGCAUUGUUUAAAAUCCA